CGGAUCAUGACUCGAAAGUGUAAAGCCAUCCUUCGAAACGACUAUCUCAUCUAUCCGCAAUCUGCCGAGAACAUUUGUUAUUCCCGUUUCGUGGCGCCGAACCGAAACACUGCAAGCCACAAUCGCAGGUCAAAUAGUUGCGGUCGUUCCAGUCCAAACCGUUGUAGCAUUCGAGUAGGUUCAGUAACAAUGGUCAUAUUGCCGGAUACCAAUGCGAUGAAUGGCCCUGGGCGAAGUCUCAUGCCGACGGUGCCAAUGCUGUCACGAGAUGUAUACCUGGUGCUGGCAAUGGUGGAUCUGGUUUAGUUUGGGGAAAUUUUAUUAAUAACAAGGGACCGCAGGCACCGGGAUACCGUUUGAACGAUCUUGUGGAU